UUCCCUCCUCUGCCUAUAAGUACAGUCGAUUCCUAGCGAUUCACUUACAUCCGUACCUGAAAAGAAGGAGAAGGAGAAACAAUGUCCGGAAUCAUCCACAAGAUUGAGGAGACCUUUGGAGGUCACAAGAAGGACGAGCACAAGGGCGAACACCAAGGCGAACACAAGGGUGAGGGCGAUCACCACCACGGGCACGGCGAACACAAGGGUGAGGGCGAUCACCACCACGGGCACGGCGACCACAAGGGGGAGGGCGAGCACCAUGGCGGAGAACACAAGGAGGGCCUUGUGGACAAGAUCAAGGACAAGAUCCAUGGCGAUCAUGACCAUGAAAAGGGGGAGAAGAAGAAGAAGAAGGACAAGAAGAAGCACGAACAUGGCCACGACCAUGACAGCAGCAGCAGCGACAGCGAUUAGAUCGCCUUCUUCUAUUCCUACUACACCGUCUUUGUUAAGGUCUGCGUAACUGAACUGGCUUGGGUUUGUCUUACUUUUGUUUCUUUGGAAUGUACUGGAUUUAAGUCUGGCUUCGGUUGUAUUAUUGAAAAAAAAAAAAACACACACACACACACAGGCAGAGGGAUGUGUUUGAGUAUAUGUUUCUAGUUACUGAUAUAGUUGUGUGAGAUGCUGAAUGUAAACCCUACUGCCUUGGUGUUGAUGUGGAUGACACAAUAAAUAAACAUUAUGGUUUAUGUUA